CAACACAUAAGGAUGGCUCUUUUCAUGGCUAAUCAUGUCACAUAUUGAUUGCUUUUGGUCCAUUAUUAAGUCUUUCAUUCUUUUUGCCUUCUCUUAUUUAUAAGACUGUUAGGCUAGCAGUGCUAAAUUAGGCUACUAGCAGUGUUAAGCCAGAUGAGCGGGGCUGUGAUUGGCUGACUGUGAUGAUGGGUUUGCCGCGGGGCAGUAUCUUCUGCUCCAAAAAACCUGUUCUGUGCUGCUGAGUUCUGAUUGGCCGCCGCUGGUCACGUGGAUGGUCGAGUAUUGUCUAGCAGACAAAAAAAAAGUCAACACUAUACGACGUUUUGAGAAGUCAACGAGGAUCCACUUCCCAGGAAGAUGUCCUUGUUAUUUUGAAGCAGUGGACUUUUUGGAUUAUUGAACUCUUGGCAGAGAACGUCGCGGCAAGGCAUUCAAAAGUGAUGGAGCGGUGUGAGUCAGUCAGCAGUGUCAGCGACUCGUCCAUGUCAAUCAACAUGACAACUGUCACUCUGGACAUGGAGAAGUAUCACUUCCUGGGCGUCAACAUUGUCGCUCAAGACAACGGUGAUGGCGCUGUGUACAUCGGGUCCAUCAUGGACGGCGGUGCCGUGGCCGCCGAUGGACGCAUCGAUCCAGGUGACAUGUUGCUACAGGUGAAUGACAUCAACCUGGAGAACGCCACCAAUGAGCACGCCGUACAGGUCCUCCGAGAUGUCGUCCGUCAACCUGGUACGGUGACAUUAACGGUGGUCAAGUGUUGGAACGUGAAGCCUCCAAGCGUUUUCAGGCCGCCAAAAGGUGAGCCGGUCCGUCCCAUUGACCCCGCCUCCUGGGUGUCUCACACAACUGCCAUGGCAGGGAAGCUCCUCCCCUAUUACGGUGAAGACGAGCAGCUGAGCGUCCAUAGCGACAUGGCGGCUGUCGUCAUGGCGAUGAUGAAUGCAGACUCGGGGCUGGAGGUUCGGGACAGGAUGUGGCUCAAGAUCAUCAUCCCCAACGCGUUCAUUGGUUCUGAUGUGGUCCACUGGCUGCACCGGAACCUCCAAGGCUUCACAGACCGCCGUGAGGCUCGCAGGUACGCCGCAAAGCUGCUGAAGCGCGGCUACAUCCGCCACGCCUUCAACAAGGUCACCUUCUCGGAGCAGCGCUACUACGUCCUCGGAGAUCUGGCCAUGACUGCGCUGCUGGACCGACAUGAGGACGCCUACCUGUGGCCCCUCCCCCAGUCGGCUAUGGAAGGAAGCCACAGCAGCAGCAAGGAGGCAGACGACUAAACAGGAAGUUGGUGUGACAAAGACCUGGAGGUCGUUUUUAUCCAAUCAGAGCUCUCCGCCUCCCGUCAGCCCUCCCAUUGGACCACACAGGGACCAGUACGACCACAUGGCGACCAGUGUGAUGACUGAAUUCAUACUAAUGAAGCUACUACUAGCACUAGCACUUUGUCCUACUGACUCCUUGUCACAUGUUAUUGAUGCACUCUGGUUUGUUAUUGUUUGUUACCAACUCAACCUCUUUGAACCUGAUGAAGAAACAUUUC